GGAACAAUCAGGUGGUGUCAUGUGCGUUAUUUCGGACAGGUGAUAAAGAAACAUGGAUCUGGCUGUCAGGGCUCUUUUACUACUCCUCUUAGUGCAGUUACCGGCUUCAUCUCACUGCACUGACGCCCCCGGUGGAGAUGAUGGAGGAUGGGGACUGGAUUCCAAAAUUGAGGAUGAAGGCGAGUGCAACAUUGAGAUCAGAGAUGCGAACUCAAUAACACACACAGAGUUUAUGGAAGAGUAUGCUUAUGCAAAACCAGUUAUACUCCGAGGGCUUACAGAUAACACAAAGUUCCGCAUCCUGUGUUCCAAAGCAAAUCUGUUGAGAGAAUACGCAGAGAAAACGGUCCGUCUCAGCACGGCCAAUACACACUCAUACAGGAAAGUGGAUGUGCGGUUUGAAGAGUUUGUGAAGUUCCUGUUGACCCCUCAGCCUGAAGACAUCCUGGGCAGUGAUACGCUGUACUUCUUCGGGGACAAUAACUUCACGGAGUGGCAUUCGCUGUUUGAGGAGUAUAAAGCGCCACCCUUUUCUCUUCCAUUCAUGCAUCCUGCAUAUAGCUUUGGGAUUGCUGGACCAGGUACUGGCGUCCCGUUUCACUGGCAUGGUCCCGGCUACUCUGAAGUUAUCUACGGCAGGAAGCGUUGGUUUCUUUACCCCCCUGACGAGGCACCUGAGUUCCAUCCCAACUACACCUCUCUCUCCUGGGUUUCUCGGUCCUACCCAAACCUGCCGCUCCACCAGAGGCCCCUGGAGUGCACCAUACGACCCGGAGAGGUGCUGUAUUUUCCAGAUCGUUGGUGGCAUGCAACUCUAAAUCUGGACACCAGCGUUUUCAUUUCAACUUUUCUGGGAUGAAGACUGAUGUGGUGGUCACUAGGGCUGGGUGGUAUAUCGAGUUUGUAAAAGCGGUAUGGAAUGAAGCAAUGCUGUUUUUAUCGAUAUACAGUAGUUUGGCAUGAGCGCAUCCGAAUAAUAGCAGAGGACACGGAGCUCCUCCGGGGAAAGUGCAUAAUCCAAUUUGUCCUAAACGUGAGACAUACGUUAUAUUAAGGGCUUUAAAAUAACUAAUGUUAACUAUAAGAUAUAGUUAAGAUGUAUAGUUUAAUGAGGCUCACCCCUUCAGAUGCAAAUAUGUCGUGUCAAAUGUAGAAUUUUAAACCUACACGUAAGUGUACUUUAUGAUCGCAGAUCACAGCAAUGGGGUUUUUAAAUAUGAAAUGCAAUUAAUCUGUUCUAUUGUGUUCAUUGACUUAUUUUUAGUUGAGUGAAUUGAACUUUGUUUUCAGAUUGUAAUGUUGUUACAAUGUUGGAAUGUAAUGUGUUUUUAGUCCAUUUUUUGCACAUAACGGAUAACAGCCUACUUUCACUGUAUUUGUUUUCAUUGCCUUUAAUAUAAACAUUGUUUAACUGGACAACAUUGGGCAGGAUGUAAAAUAUAUAUGUAUAUUGCAUUUAUGGUAUUGCAUAGCCCAGCUCUAGUGGUCACACACCAUGUGUGUUUGAUUCGAAGGACCGAUCAAGGAUUUGUUGAUCAGAGGACCAACUCAGAGGAGUUUGACUCCGUUUGAAGUCAAGCCAUCAGUCCAUUAACUUGAACUAUAUCAUUUUUAAAUAGAAGAUGCUUUCAAUGUGAGAUUUAAGUAAUUUUUUUAAUAAAGUUGUGUUGUCAAGACAUAAGAUUUGAA